CGACAUUUCGAAAACAUGUGUUUACGUUUUUCGAGUGUAGAGAAAAUAAAUUGUAAGUUUCGUUGAUAUUGUGUUUAAAAUUCUUCGGGUAUCAGUCACGAUGAAACUGAACAAGAAUGUUUCCUCUUCGCGAAGCAAGAGCCGCAAGCGCCAUUUCCAGGCCCCAUCCCACAUCCGCAGGAAGCUGAUGUCGGCACCUCUGUCUAAGGAGUUGCGACAGAAAUAUACCGUUCGUUCCAUGCCAAUCCGUAAAGACGACGAAGUGCAGGUGGUUCGUGGUCACUACCACGGCAAUCAAGUCGGAAAGGUGGUGCAGGUGUACAGAAAGAAGUUCGUCGUGUACAUUGAACGCAUUCAGCGUGAAAAGGCCAACGGUACCAAUGUUUACGUUGGUGUACACCCAUCGAAGUGCCUCAUUGUUAAGCUCAAAAUGGACAAGGAUCGCAAGAAGAUCCUCGAUCGUCGCGCCGUUGGACGUCGGGCGGCGCUGGCCGAUAAGGGCAAGUACACCGAAGAGACGGCUGCUGCUGCAUCCGCGAUGGAGAUUAGCUCAUAAAUCCCUUGUCCUUCAAACUGAUCGUCGUUUUUUUAUACAAUGCAAUGGGAGUAAACUUGUUGACCGUUGUUCGUGUUGGAUUAUAAAAGUUAACAAAAAAAAAACAAUAAAUUAAGAGAAAAACUUA